GAUUUUUUAUAAUACUAAAUAUACAUAGGAUAAUACCUGUUAAUAGAAAAGGAACACGAUGAAUUUCAAAAUUGAAUUUUGAAAAACUGAUUAAAGACAUGGAUUAAACAUCUAUAUCGAAAAAGCGACAGUAGAUAUACAUAGUUCAGAAAAAAGAGAGUCGAUAUUGUUGUGAUCGUGAAAGAGGCUGAUUAAUGGCGCCAGCAUUGGGCCAUGUCUUCUUUGGCCCAGAAUUCCUUUUCCGAAAAUACGACCAGCGGAAAAAACGUCUAAGGGGUACGUUCGAUGGUGCACAAAGUGCACAGGAUGGAGGAGGAAUGCUCUCAAGAGAAUAAAAAAGUUGAGACAACGAUGCAGACUACGGUCGCAGUAGCGAAUACCUCAUCAGAUGACGUUUGUAACGCACGGGCACGUGUAUCUUGCCAAGAAGAGUUUACAUGCUCUUUGUAUAUCUCGCGUGCUGUCGGGCCGCAAGGUCAAGUGCAAGGAAUACAAAGUGGUGGCGAGCUGCUUCGUUCUAAUCUAGAAGAGGUAAUCCGCGCAUCCGACCCCUUAGCAGCCUGGCACGUGUCUGAAACACCUUGUGGUUUGAUUGCGGCAUUUACUUGCGAAGCUGAUGCAGAAAAAUUGUUGCAACGUGGCGAUUUGGCACGUGUUUUUGAAGGACCUGUACAAGUGGCUCGAUUUUCAGCGAAAGAUUCUCGUUAUAGACAAGCGGUUCUUCUUCGCGAUGUACCUUGGGCUAUUCCUUUACAGGAUAUCAAUUCUGCAUUAAUGAAACAGGGAAUUGCAACAGGAAGCGUUGAACGUUGGCGACAAUAUAUACGCGUUGAGGUAUUAGAUGCUGGACAUUAUGAACUCUUAUUGCGUCAAGGAUUGGACUUUUUCGGUGCUGCUCGAUUCAGUGCUAUCCCAGAGCGUUGGUGGCGCGGAGGAACCGGAAGUACCGGUGGACCGUUGCAGGCAGGGCCAGGAAUAGUCAGCAACUUUCUCGAAGCGUCUAACUUUCAAACAGGGGACGGUGUUCUUCAAUGUUAUCGUUGCCAGGGAUUCUGGCAUAUGGCUGCCAACUGUAGACACUUGCCACGUUGCGUUCGAUGUGGAGAACCACAUAGUGUUGAAUUUUGUCCCAGACCUCGAAACAACCCUAUUUGCUGUCAUUGUUCCGGUCCUCAUCAUGCUGGCUACCGACAAUGUCCGGUUCGACAACAACUUUCGAACGCUACGCCUAUUAGUAUCACACUAAGCACUACUCGGAUUGGAAACCAAUAUCCCAUGAAUGCAGCCUCCAAGACGAACGCGUCCGCUCACGAGCAACAGCCCUUGAAGUCAAGCCAAUCUUAACGAAAUAUCAUUGCAUGUCGACGUAUCGACUGUCCAUAUAUUGACUUCAAGAUCUUGUAAAUUGCUCGCGUUUAUCAUUGCUUAUUGGUAUCUACUACGAUCAGUUAUACGGUCAGUUAUAAAUUUUAAAAAAGAAAGAAAUUAAUGGAGAAACGAUG